AUGGCGGAAAAGUCUGAGCAGAAAUAUUUUACAUCUGAUGAAGUUUUACAAAAUAUAUUGGCUGAUGAGGCCGAUUUAUCAGAUAAUGAAGAUGCACAGGUCAUCACAACUAAUCCGGCCGAAGCAAUCGAUUCUGCUGUGCGAGAAUUAUGGUCCCUACGCAAUCAAACGGCAAAUUUUGUUGCUUUUGAGGAGGAGUCAACUCGAUCACUCACUUCCCUCUUUGAUAAAUGGGAAAAACAUCGAGUGAUCCAAGAGCGGAUCUUAAGCUCUACUAUUAUUGUUGGUUCACUCAUUGCUGAGGAAGUAUGCAAGUGGUUAAAAAUCAUUCGUAGGCGUUUAUCACCCAGGAUGAAGGCUCGAAAUGCUUGGACAGUUGAGCUUACAAGGUACUUGUCAUGGAGUUUGUUUUCACUAAUGAAGGAAGUCGUAUUGAAAUCAAGCACAUCGUUUGGCAUUAUGCUUCAGCAGAGUGAAAAGGAAGUUGUUAUUACAUUUACUAAUAUUGGUCGUGUGUUGCGAGAUUUUGAAACCUUUUCAAGAGUUGCUCGCUCAGAGAUUUCAUCCUAUUAUUUUUCAAAGACUUGUAGAGGCAAAUCUAAGGGUAAAAUUGCUGUUCUGGUAGCUGAAGAAAAGCCAUUACAGCUCAAGUACAUUAAAAGGAAAAGUGAGAUAAUUUUCAAGUGCCAUUACUCAUUCGAGAAUGAAUUUGGUUAUGUUUUCAGCUAG